AUGGAUUCAACUGUUUUAUCACCAUUACUUAAACCAUCACAAAUAGCACCACCACCCGUACCGCCUUUGCCACCCUCAACUCAUCCGCCUAUGAUUCCUGUUGAUCAUACAACACUACUUAGUCAAAUAAGAACUACAACACGUAAUUCAAUCCUUUUAUGUGGUGAUAAUAUUUCGACAACAACUAAUUCUUAUAUGGCUGACAGUGGUUUCGAUUCAUCAAGUUCCCACGCUCUUGCUCCACCUGUCCCUCCACCAUUGCCUUCAUCAUCAACAUCUUGUACAGCUUUUAUGAUUCAAACACAAACAGGCAAUGCACUUUUGAUACCUCAUUCACAAGGUACAGUCGACUGA